AUGGCGGCCUAUCCCGAGAACUGCGUGGACGCCACCGUGCUGGACUUCGUCGCAGACCUGUCCCUGGCCUCUCCGGGGGCCCCUCUCCUUUGCGACUUUGCUUCUGGGGUCCCCUUUGGGGAUCGAGCCCUUCUGCUCCGAGAGGGAAGGCCCAGAAGCCUGGUGCACUUCGAGGAGGGGGACCCGGAGGAUGAGGAGUGCGAAGUAGACGAGGGGGACGAGGAGGAUGAGGAGCGCCAGAGAGGCGCCUCCCUGCUGGGACGUCCGAAGAGGAAAAGGGUGAUCACCUACGCCCAGCGCCAGGCAGCCAACAUCCGCGAGAGAAAGCGGAUGUUCAACCUCAACGAGGCCUUCGACCAGCUGCGAAGAAAGGUGCCCACAUUUGCUUAUGAAAAGAGGCUGUCCCGGAUCGAGACCCUGCGCCUGGCCAUCGUCUACAUCUCCUUCAUGACUGAGCUCUUGGAGAGCUACGAGAAGAAAGAAACCGGCUGA